AAUCAGUCAACUGACCAUACAUUUCGGACAUUCCAGUCAAGACGGAUCAGAACACACCGUAGACGGCACCGGUUUUACGGCCGAGAUUCAGAUGCUGGCUUACAAUUCGGAUUUGUACAGUAACUUUACAGCGGCCAUGACCUUGCCUAGAGGUUUAGUCUGUGUAUCGAUUCUGAUUAAGGUGUCCAACGAAACACACCCGCACUUCGAGAGAAUACACAGAGCUAUGAACGAAACCAUAUAUAAAGGUGACAGAAAACAUGUAGCCUACCUGAACCUGCGUCGACUGCUGCCUGACACCGACCAUUACGUCACGUAUGAAGGCUCACUGACACAUCCGGCUUGUCAUGAGACCGUGACCUGGAUUAUUUACAACAAGCCUAUUUUUAUCAGUCACUCCCAGCUGGCUGGAUUGCGAAGACUGAAGCAAGAUACGAUCUACAACCCCGUGCUACUGAUGGCAGGCAACAUCCGGCCCUUGCAAGCCUUGAACCAAAGGACUGUGAGGACGAACAUCAAUUUC